AUGUGCUAUGGCGUCCGACGUCAUGUAUCCUUACGCACCUGGAGCGCUAAAGUUUGUGGCAUCGUCAAAAAUGGUUUUCUCCUGUUUAUAUCUGGUAUAACCGCGGUUUCGGGACAGUACAUCUACAAAGAUAUCAGCGGACAGAAGGAAAGCAGCGGCGGGAGUAACUGGGGCAUAAGCGUUCCCCCCGCAUUUUACUUCAUGAUGUUCAUUGUGGGCUGGGAGUUAGUGAGAGACUUUCUUAAACUGCUGCUUUAUGCUGUCCAGGGUCGAGUAAAAGGCCGCAAGAAACAUCAUCACGCUGACACUGAGGAUGCCAGGAAACGCGUGGAUGAUGACACGAUGGACGGGUUUCAUUGCCGCUGCUGCCGUUACGCCGCCUUGCGCGACUGA